AUGUUCAAGUAUAACAUAAAACCAAAACAAAUAAAUAAAAAUAAAGAGAUGGGUAUGAUGAGAUCCUCAAGAACGAUGGGGUUAGGGCAUUGCAUGGUUUACGUUGUGGUCCUAAGUGCCAUUGCGGCUACAGUGACAUCAUACCCUUACUCCUCUCCUUACUCAUCCCCUCAAACCCCACAUUACAAUUCUCCCAGCCAUGAACACAAAAGCCCUAAGUACGCGCCACAUCCAAAACCAUACGUUUAUAUUUCUCCACCACCUCCAUCAUACUAUUCUCCUUCUCCAAAAGUAAACUAUAAGUCUCCACCACCACCAAACGUCUACAACUCUCCACCUCCACCAUACUAUUCUCCUUCACCAAAGGUUGAUUAUAAGUCUCCACCACCACCUUACGUCUACAGUUCCCCACCUCCACCAUACUAUUCUCCUUCUCCGAAGGUUGACUAUAAGUCUCCUCCACCACCAUACGUCUACAGCUCCCCACCCCCACCAUACUAUUCUCCUUCGCCAAAGGUUGAAUACAAGUCUCCACCACCACCGUACGUCUACAAUUCUCCACCUCCACCAUACUACUCUCCUUCUCCUAAGAUAGAGUACAAGUCCCCACCACCACCAUAUGUCUACAGUUCUCCACCCCCACCGUACUACUCUCCAUCUCCAAAGGUUGACUACAAGUCCCCACCACCACCGUACGUCUACAACUCCCCACCCCCACCAUACUACUCUCCUUCGCCAAAGGUUGACUACAAAUCUCCCCCACCACCGUACGUCUACAGUUCCCCACCCCCACCAUACUUCUCUCCUUCGCCAAAGGUUGAAUACAAGUCUCCCCCACCACCGUACGUCUACAAUUCUCCACCUCCACCAUACUACUCUCCUUCUCCUAAGGUAGAGUACAAGUCCCCACCACCACCAUAUGUCUACAGCUCUCCACCCCCACCGUACUACUCACCAUCUCCAAAAGUUUACUACAAGUCCCCACCACCACCAUACGUCUACAGCUCCCCACCCCCACCAUACUACUCUCCAUCUCCAAAGGUUGACUACAAGUCCCCACCACCACCGUAUGUUUACAGCUCUCCACCCCCACCAUACUACUCUCCUUCGCCUAAGGUUGACUACAAGUCUCCCCCACCACCAUACGUCUACAGCUCCCCGCCCCCACAAUACUACUCUCCUUCGCCAAAGGUUGCGUACAAGUCUCCCCCACCACCAUACGUCUACAGCUCUCCGCCCCCACCUUACUACUCUCCUUCACCAAAGGUUGCGUACAAGUCUCCCCCACCACCAUACGUCUACAGCUCCCCGCCCCCACCAUACUACUCUCCUUCACCUAAGGUUGAUUACAAGUCUCCCCCACCACCAUACGUCUACAGCUCCCCUCCUCCACCUUACUACUCUCCUUCACCAAAGGUUGAGUACAAGUCUCCCCCACCACCAUACGUCUACAGCUCCCCUCCCCCACCUUACUACUCUCCUUCACCAAAGGUUGAGUACAAGUCUCCACCACCACCAUACGUCUACAGUUCCCCUCCCCCACCAUACCACUCUCCUUCGCCUAAGGUAAACUACAAAUCUCCACCACCACCAUACGUCUACAGCUCCCAUCCCCCACCAUACUACUCUCCUUCGCCUAAGGUAAACUACAAAUCUCCACCACCACCAUACGUCUACAGCUCCCCACCCCCACCAUACUACUCUCCUUCGCCUAAGGUUAACUACAAGUCUCCCCCACCACCAUACGUUUACAGUUCUCCGCCCCCACCAUACUACUCUCCUUCUCCUAUGGUUGACUACAAGUCUACCCCCCCACCAUACGUCUAUAGCUUCCCACCCCUACCAUAUUAUUCUCCUUCUCCAAAGGUUGACUACAAGUCUCCACCACUACCAUACGUUUACAGCUCCCCACCCCCACUAUAUUACUCUCCUUCUCCAAAGGUUCAUUACAAAUCUCCACCACCACCAUACGUGUAUAACUCUCCACCUCCACCAUACUAUUCUCCUUCUCCAAAGGUCACUUACAAGUCUCCACCACCCCCAUAUGUCUACAAGGCGCCUUACUAUUGAUUUUGAAUUGUUUCAUUAAAAGGAAACGUGAUUGCAAUAAUUUGUUUUUAUGAUUUUUUUCUCUUGAAUCUUCUGAUUUUGUUCUUUUAAUUUGUUCCUUUAUCUUGUUGAGCUUUUUAUUUUACCAAUAAUAUUUGGCUAUAUUUAAAAAUCCCUUGGUAUUUGUUCGAAUUGGCUCCAAAUUUCUAAUAUAUCCGUUUUGCUAUCCAUUGAAAAAA